UUAUGAUAUCAAGACUUUGUUGAAAGCCAUGAUUGAAUCUGGGGGUGGAAGUGCUUCAGAUUUAAUGCACUUGGAUACUUUACAGCGCGUGCUAUGGGAGUUGCUAAACAACAAAAGAUAUUUGCUUGUAUUGGAUGAUGUUUGGAACGAGGAUCAAGAGAAGUGGUCUGAAUUAAGAAAUGCAAUGUCGUGUGGCUCAACUGGGAGUUCAAUUAUUGUCACUACACGCCUCAAAAAGGUUGCUGACAUAAUGGGAACACUGCCACCACAUUACUUAAAGGGAUUGUCAAACGAGCAUUGUUGGAUGUUGAUGCGUGAACGAGCAUUUGGACAUGAGAAAGAGGAAUUUCCAAGCCUGGAAGCUAUUGGGAUGCAAAUUGUGAACAAGUGUGCUGGUGUUCCUCUAGCUGCUAAGGCGCUCGGAGGUCUGUUGCGGUUUAAGAGGACUGAGAAAGAGUGGAAUUAUGUAAAAGAAAGUGAAAUAUGGGAAUUACCUCAUGAAGAAACUCUGAUACUACCAGCCUUGAGAUUGAGUUACCAUCAUCUCCCUUUAUCAUUGAGACAAUGUUUUGCUUAUUGUGCAGUUUUUCCCAAGGAUACUUUUAUCCGGAAAGAAGAGUUGAUCUUUAUGUGGAUGGCGCAUGGCUAUAUUUCAUCAAAGGGAGCAUUGGAAGUGGAGGAUGUUGGCAAUGGCAUAUGUAAUGAGCUAGUUUUGAGAUCGCUCUUGCAAUGCGUUCCACAUACAAAUAACUCAACUCUUAUUAUGCAUGAUCUUGUUCACGAUCUCGCCCAAUCAAUCAUGGAGAACAAAGUUCCUGGAACACAAGUCCAAAGGACAAACUUCAGAAGUGCAGUGUCGUCUAAUAGCAAAAUUCGCCAGGUAAAUUUGAGGAAAAAGUUCAUUCUCUUUCCUACUAGUAAUCAACCAGAGAUGGACAUGCCUCUCGUCUUGAAUAACUUUUUGCGUUUGAGAAUAUUAGAUGCAAGUUAUACAGGGAUAGAAAAUUUGCCUUAUGUGGUAGGCAAUCUGAAACAUUUGCGACACUUGAAUUUGUCUGGAUCUGAAAUUCGUAGCCUACCCGACUCGCUAUGUAGUCUUUGGAAUUUGCAUGUUUUGAAUUUGGAUGGCUGCAGAAAGCUAGAGGCUUUACCGAAGAAGAUGAGGUACUUAAUUAAUCUCCGUCAUCUAUUUUUGGAAGAUUGUGAAUCAUUAACGGAGAUGCCAUCUAAAAUUGGAGAACUUACUAGCCUUAGAACAUUGAGUUUGUUCAUAGUGGGUCAUAAUAAAGAUAGUCCACUUGAAGAAUUGAAAUGCUUGAAGCUGGGUGGUAAGCUUAGAAUUCGUAAUCUGGAGAGAGUGAAAAAUCCUAUGGAUGCAAAGAAAGCAACUCUUGCUGAAAAAGAAAAUCUUCGUCAUUUGUGUUUAGAGUGGAAGCCUGAGAAUACUGCAUCAAAAUCAUCGGAGGAAGAAGAUAUAGUGAGAGAUGAAAAGGUGUUGGAAGCACUUGAGUCUCACCCAAAUCUUGAAACUUUAGAUAUAAAGGGAUUCAGGGGUAGGUGUUUUCCAGUUUGGAUGUCGAAUUCAUCUCUGGAGAAACUAGUUGGAGUAUAUCUAAAAAAUUGUGAGAAUUGUUUGCAUCUUCCACAGCUGGGAGAGCUACCUCAUCUUAAAUCCUUGAGUUUAAAGAAUCUCGCUCGGGUGGAGUACAUACUUGAAGAUCAAAGUGGAAAUCGAUCAACGAGCGUACAACAGUUCCCAUCUCUGGAAACACUGUAUUUAACAACUCUCCCCAAAAUGAAAGGGUUGUUAAAGGAGCAAGUGACGAUGGGAUCGGCUGAAGCAUUCCCAAAUCUCGAGGAGCUACAGAUACUAGACUGCUCUUCGUUAAAACUGCCACCACUCUCGUCAUCUCUUAAAAAGUUGAAGAAAUUGGGAUGCAGUAGCUUAACUCUGGCGUCAUUGUCUGACGUGGAUCUGAACACUCUUACCGAACUUUUCGUGGACUUCAAGGAGAAUACGGCGACAUGUAUCUCAAUUGAGACU